AUGGCGGACGUGCAGAUGGCGGACGCAGAGACUUUUGCCUUCCAGGCGGAGAUCAACCAGCUCCUCAGCCUCAUCAUCAACACGUUCUACAGCAACAAGGAGAUUUUCCUCCGGGAGCUCAUCAGCAACGCUUCGGACGCGCUGGACAAGAUCCGAUUCGAGAGCUUGACCGACAAGAGCAAGCUCGAUGCGCAGCCGGAGCUGUUUAUCCGACUCGUGCCGGAUAAGGUCAACAAGACGCUCUCGAUUAUCGACAGUGGGAUUGGCAUGACGAAAGCAGAUUUGGUGAACAAUCUUGGUACAAUUGCAAGGUCUGGCACCAAGGAAUUCAUGGAGGCCUUGCAGGCCGGUGCUGAUGUCAGCAUGAUCGGACAGUUUGGUGUGGGUUUCUACUCUGCUUACCUUGUUGCGGAGAAAGUCAUUGUCACCACCAAGCACAAUGAUGAUGAGCAGUACAUUUGGGAAUCCCAAGCUGGUGGUUCGUUCACUGUCACAAGGGAUGUCAAUGGAGAGCAACUCGGCAGGGGGACCAAGAUCACCCUCUUUUUGAAGGAGGAUCAGCUGGAAUACCUCGAGGAGAGGAGGAUCAAGGACCUUGUGAAGAAGCACUCAGAGUUUAUCAGCUACCCAAUCUACCUAUGGACUGAAAAAACCACCGAGAAAGAAAUCAGUGACGACGAAGAUGACGAGCCAAAGAAAGAAGAGGAAGGGGACAUUGAGGAGGUCAAUGAGGACAAAGAGAAAGAGAAAGGCAAGAAAAAGAAGAUCAAGGAAGUCUCUCAUGAGUGGGAGCUCAUCAACAAGCAGAAACCUAUCUGGCUCCGCAAACCCGAAGAGAUUACAAAGGAGGAGUACGCUGCCUUUUACAAGAGUCUGACCAACGACUGGGAGGAACACCUAGCCGUCAAGCACUUCUCGGUCGAAGGCCAGCUUGAAUUUAAGGCCAUUCUCUUUGUCCCCAAGCGGGCCCCAUUCGACCUGUUCGACACCCGGAAGAAGAUGAACAACAUCAAGCUCUAUGUACGACGGGUCUUCAUCAUGGACAACUGUGAGGAGCUCAUUCCCGAGUACCUCGGGUUUGUGAAGGGAGUUGUUGAUUCAGAUGAUUUGCCGCUCAACAUUUCCCGUGAGAUGCUUCAGCAGAACAAGAUACUGAAGGUCAUCAGGAAGAACCUUGUCAAGAAAUGCAUCGAAAUGUUCAACGAGAUAGCAGAGAACAAAGAGGACUACAACAAGUUUUAUGAGGCGUUCUCCAAGAACUUGAAGCUGGGGAUCCAUGAGGACAGCCAGAACCGGGCCAAACUGGCCGACUUGCUCAGGUACCAUUCGACCAAGAGUGGUGACGAGUUGACCAGCUUGAAAGAUUAUGUCACUCGAAUGAAGGAGGGCCAGAAGGACAUUUACUACAUAACAGGCGAAAGCAAGAAGGCUGUGGAGAACUCCCCAUUCCUGGAAAAACUCAAGAAGAGAGGCUAUGAAGUACUUUUCAUGGUGGAUGCCAUUGAUGAGUAUGCGGUUGGACAGCUCAAGGAAUACGAUGGGAAGAAAUUGGUCUCGGCCACUAAAGAAGGCCUGAAGCUCGAUGAUGAAACCGAGGAGGAUAAGAAGAAAAAGGAGGAGAAGAAAAAGUCAUUCGAGAGCCUUUGCAAGGUCAUAAAGGAUAUUCUUGGCGAUAAAGUUGAAAAGGUUGUAGUCUCGGACCGAAUUGUCGAUUCCCCUUGCUGUCUCGUGACCGGCGAAUAUGGCUGGACAGCGAACAUGGAGAGGAUCAUGAAGGCCCAGGCAUUGAGGGAUAGUAGCAUGAGCUCCUACAUGUCGAGCAAGAAGACUAUGGAAAUCAAUCCGGAUAAUGGGAUCAUGGAGGAGUUGAGGAAAAGGGCUGAGGUGGACAAGAACGACAAAUCUGUCAAGGAUCUUGUGCUUUUGCUGUUCGAGACUGCUCUGUUGACUUCUGGGUUCAGUCUGGAUGACCCGAACACUUUUGCAGCGAGGAUUCAUAGGAUGUUGAAGCUUGGGCUCAGCAUUGACGAGGAAGAAGGUGGUGAUGGGGAUGAUAUGCCAGCUCUGGAGGAAGACGGUAAUGAGGAGAGCAAGAUGGAGGAAGUCGAUUAA